UUUCAGUAAAAUGGCAAUGAAAGAAGGCAGCUCAGUGGAGCAAUUUGCAAUGAGAAGUCGUGCAGCAAGGACUUCAUCGAGUGAAGGUUUCCAAAACGAUAUGCCCACAUACAAGGAUGUAGUUUUUAUUGAAAGAAAAGUAAAAAACGGCGAUACACUCAAUAAAUUGGCAAUAAAAUAUCAAGUAAAUGUAGCCGAAAUAAAACGAGUGAAUAAUAUGGUAUCCGAGCAAGAUUUUAUGGCACUUUCAAAAGUGAAAAUUCCAGUUAGCCGAAUGAGAAUGGCGUUAGGCGUACAAUCGGCUUUAAGCCAAGACGAAGAAGACGAAAUUCUUAUUGAUUUACAGAUAUUGAUGACAGAACUGCACUUCUGCGAGAAGAUCGAGGCUCACGAGAUCCCAGUGUCGAGGAUAUUUUCCAUAAAACUGAUACUAACAUAGCUCAAGUUCGAGAAGCUCUUCCAGAAGAAAGUCACGGUGUCACUGGUUUUCAUUUUGUAACCGCUCGAGCCCCAACUUCGUCAUCUAUUUCUGUUUGGAUGGUUGUUUUAGGAGUUCUCUUGAUCUUCUGUGUACUUCCUUUGGUGCUUACCUUCUACGAAGAGCAAGAAGAAGCCGCUCAUCAACAUAAGACUACACAUGCCGCUUGAAAAUUAACACCUUUGUUUAAAAUAAUUUUAUUAAUUUAUUAAUGUUUUGCUUUUCUCCCCUUUCAUAUCAAAAUCCCAUCCCCAUCCCUAGUGAUAGUGUGAUUCAACUCGCCAUUUUCAUCUCAUUUCUUCGAAAACAUUUCCUCUUGUUUGGGUAGCUGUUCCGUCUUUUGAAAUCUUGUCCCCAUGCUCGUUCUCGAGAACUGAAAUUUUAUUUAGUACACAGGAUGAACGCAAAUGCAUAAUUUUUCUGUAUCAUUAUAAAACAAUAAAGUGAUAAAUACUUAUAA